AUGCCGUCUGGCCCUGCAUACUAUCCUGAAUGGUGGAAUAUCCACACCCAUCGUGCAAACCAUCUAUGUAAAUAUCCCGUUCGAUGUAACUUUUACGGAGAAGGAAAAUCACUUCAUGCCGAUUGUGGACGUAUUGGCUCGGUUUAUAUUGAUAACUCUAAUCAGGGUGUAAUUGUUGUCCCACAGAUUACUUCAAAUUUGAUCGAGAAUUUCCAUUAUACUGGUUUUGCCAGACCUGUAGUCUCUCCUACCUACUGUGCUUACGCAUAUGCUUCAAACUGCAAGAAUAAUAUUCCAUUCGUUUCUGUUAUUGAUGAAUCGAAUUCGGAUUUCGUCGCACUCACGGACUAUGGUCUUUCUCAUCUGUUAGAUGACCCUAUUUAUGAGGACCAAGCCUGUGCUGCUUGCCUUCUUGGAAAGAUACAGGGAAUUUUAAGAUCAAACAGAUCCAGUAUUUCUGAGAGGAAGAGUGAUAAAUCAUUCUCAAUGACACGUCAUCGUGUUCAAAGCAGAACAGAGAGCAAAUCGAACUCUACAGUUAAUAAAAAUCAAAGUUCCCAGAAGUCAAUUGCUAUUAUUCGUUCUAUUAUAGACCUUUUAAACUCCGCAUCACCGCUUAAUAACAAUGAAUGUCUUAGAGAUAGCAAGGAGAACGAUUUCAAUAAAGAGGAAGAAGUGGUAUCAAAAUUGAAUCAUUUGGCAUAUGGAUCGUCGGAUUCUUCAACCAGAAGUUCUAAGAGAAGAAGUAUCCGAAAUGUAAUAGAAGGAAACACCUUGAAUAAAUCCAACGUUUCUACUCCACCGAGAUCACCUAUUAAUCAUUCUGAUUUUCUUAUGGCUUUUGAGCCUCUGGUCAAUCGAUUAGCCUCUCGAAAAUCAAAUCCAGCUUACCUUGGUAAAGGGCUUUUAUCCAAACCAUCAAGACUUACAGCCUCUUCUCAUCCCUGUCUACUUUGGUCGCCUCCGAGAGCUAGAGAUAGGGCCCCCAAUCUUUACCUUUGUUCAUUAGACACAAUCUGUAAACAAAAACCAAAAUCUUUUGUCACUCCAGUAAAACUACCUACUCCCAAGAGCUUGGCUGGUUGUCGCCUCUUCGAAUUGGAUUCCGUUUACGAUACUCAUGAUAAUCUACUAUUUUGCGCCAGAGCAAGCCUUAAUCCCAUAGAUGUGGUCUCGCAUCGCGUGAUCCUUGGCCAUAUCAGCUUCCGGAUUCGCCUCGACCAGCCUGGAGAGCAAGCAGAGAGUGAAAUUGAUCAGACUUUGGCAUCUUCUCGACGGUCCGAACUGGUAGCCACCAGUCUCGAAAGAAUCGAAAAAUCUAUUUUUACCGGUCUUAUGUUGCCCUCACGCGUUGGCGCAAGUGCGCUGGCGAGAGCCCGAAGCGCGGAAUUGCUUGUGGCUUCUGGACAUGCUAGUUGCUGGCUCAGUGUUGGUUAUGGGAGGACGCCGCAGCAACUUGUGUUAGCCACACCAAAGCGCCUGAUAACCUUCGAUUCACGUUGCUCAGGCCGCCCCGGAAACGAGUUAUUCAGUCUAAAUGUUCCUUCUCUCCCUGGCUUCGGCGAUGGGCGACUCUUCAGUGAUAAUGAGAUGAUCUAUGCCGCCCCGACUUGGCUGGCUGACACAUAUGCUCUUCUGGGAACCAGCUCUAACCUUCUGCUACUCGAUGCUCGGAUGCCGGGACGCGCAUGUCUGCACUGGACCAAUCCCUUGCUUUGUCCACCGUCCUAUCUUUCCACUGUUCGUCUUGCUUCUGGGCCAGCUGAAUAUUUGCUUGGUGUAGCUUCUCAACACCCCGGACGCCUGGCCGUAGUCGGACUGAAUCUGACCAGCAACGGAGCUGUCACUCACUCGCUGGAUGAGUUUGGCUCCAAAGAGAUCCUAAGCUCAAGACUUCCUGCACCCCAGUUAGUUGGUCAAUCUUUCUGUCCACCUAGUCUCAAUGCUUGCUUGAGCCAGGGUGCCGGAGGAAGUGGGGGGUUACCUUUUGCACUGUGGCACAAUCAAAACCAGACACCGGAACGCCGACUUAUGGCCAGUCUGGCUGGUUGCGUACUUUUGCCGGGAAGAAGAGCGAAGUUUGCUGGGCCGAUUGCCUCGGCCGUCGUAUUAACCAGUCAGGCCGACUUGUUCAAUCAUGAGUGGUUUAGUCGGGCCGACGCUGCAAAGUCUAACCGCCAGGUUGCUAGAGCUCGUGUUAAUCGUUGGAUAGACCGUUUAUUUAUCGCAAGUUCCGUAAAGUCAGCCCCUCCAGACUCUGUUUCUGACUACACUUACAAUAAAAAGCGCGAUAAGGCUGGUCUUGGUCUAGCGGAGCACGAUAUGACGUCUCUUUAUGAUUCUCACCUGAGUCACCAUGUUGCUAACAGCAAGGACAAAAUGCUGGAAAAGUUGAUUGGCAAUAGUGAUUGCUCUCACCAAUCUGGGAAAUACCCAACCGGAUUUACUUCUCUUUCAUCUGCUUCCCUUGCUGAUCGCUCUACACGAAUAAAAUCGGUCGCCAAUUCUGCCCUAGUACAAGAUCUUGUCGCAACUUGGAACACAAUUUUGACCAGAACUCCCUUUUUCACUCAUCCUCCUAUAAACCAACUGCCUACGAAAUUAUCCGAUAAUCGUCUCAACUAUGAGCGAGAAUCACAUCUUCUUUUGGACCACCUUGCAAGUAAGGCAUUUGAAACCAAAAAUGAAGCUAUAAAAUGCGCAGAAAACCCCUCAAAUGUUAUGGACGAUACUAGUUCAGCGAGUAGUGUUGACAAUAUUCAUACACUGACAAGUUCCAAAUCAACUCCUGUAUUUUGUGAGAAGCCUGCUAGCAAAUCUUCAGGGAAUAUGGCUUACUCACACGAAAUUCACACCCAAAUUUACAGUAAGAUUAAUGAAAAAUCACUCUUAACAGCUAAUGCUGAGCAUGAACCGGAUUCUGAAGGCUUUUUAUUAUCAACAAAUUAUUCAUCUGAAAAGCAAAGACUUCGGCACACUCCAAUUAAAACCUCAAAUUUGUUGAAUCCGUCAUAUGAGGAUUUUGUUACACCUGGAUGUUUUACGAUAAACGGAUCUCAUGCUACAUCUGACAGAAAAAGCAGAAAUUCAAAUAACACCAAGUCCUUUUCUUCCCCAACUAAUUCACUUGCUAAUGAAUCCCUUUCCCAACUAGAUAUUCUUGGUUUGUAUAAUGACUCUUCCAAGCAAGCUUCUGCAACUCUUCAAAUCUCUUCUGUUAGGCAUAUAUCACCGUCUCCCAAAUCGUCUAAAAAACACAAAAAACGUGUCUCCCCGAAUCACUUUGAGGUAUCAACUAAGACGUUUUUAUCGGUGAGGAACUGUCCACAGGCAUCCCCUAGUGAGGAGAAUAAUGCACCUAAACGAAUUAAGUUGACAUCCACUUCCACUUGUAUUAAUGAAACCUCUAGCUCAACCAUAAAUAAAGGCUGUAUCUUUCCCGAUCAUAUCUCUCCAUCCCCAAAGCCGUGUAGAAAACGAAGAUCCAAACGCAAAUAA